AGAGCACUACUCAUCAGCCAAUAAUAAUAAGCAGCAAAAUCCGACAAAAUUCAUUACUCUCUCUUUCUACUGUUUCACAAUUGAAAUAAAUCUGACCAAACAUACAGAAAAUUUUACAAUAGGAGAUGUUCCUAUUACUAUUAUCGAACUGUCAGAAGAAGUAGUAGUAGUUGAUAUGGACGUACUGUUGAUGAUGAGGAAAAAGAGGAAGAUAUGCGAUAAUUAUACUCCGGUGGUGAGUUCUGAUAAGUAUGAACCGGACGGGAGUUCAAUGUCUUGUUGCUCAAGCAACUCGAAAUCACGAGAUCUAGAUGAGAAGUGUGGGGAAGUUGCAGAGAAAGAGGAGAAGUUGAUUGAAGAAGAGUACGAAUCGGAGAAAAUGCCUCCAGUGGAAGAAUUUGACGAACUAGAAUCGAACGAAAUAGAAGAAUUCGGCAAAGAAAUGGCUUCGGUGGAAGAAUUUGACGAACUAGAAUUGAAAGAAAUAGAAGAAUUCGGCGAAGAAAUAGAAUUGGACGAAAUGACUUCAGUGGAAGAAUUUGACGAACUAGAAAUGAACGAAAUGCCUUCACUGGAAGAAGAAGUAGAAUUGGACGAAAUGCUGUUUCCACUGGAAGAACCGGAGCCUCCACUAAUUCCGACUACAGAAGAACUUGAAGAGUUUUUCACAAGACAUGAGCAAAGGAUAUCUACAAGGCUUCGACAAAAGUACCUAAUUCUCUCUCUCGAUUUUUCAUAUCGUAUUAAAUUCUUGACUCUUGACUAUUCUUCUCUUUCUUUCCCAUUUUUCGUUUGCUCCAAUUCAAUUUUGAGGCUACACACAAAUGUUAAAAUUUAUCUCCAUCGAGCAUUCAAUAUAUGCAUAUCAUAUAUUUACAUUUAUAGUUAAUUUACUUCAUUAAAUUAUGUAAUAAUAUAUUUUAUGUUAAUAUAAACACAUAUUACGAAUGCAAAUUAUUUUACCAAAAAGUGAUUGCUUGUAGGUGAGAAUUAUAAUAUUAUGGCAACCUAAAAUUUCCAAAAUAGUUAAUAUUCUUUUUGAUAUUUUUAACCAAACAAGCAAAAAUUCAAUUCCUUUUAACCUCGUAUGAGAAGUUAUCUG